UUGGGGAUCCGUUUGGGAGUCGCGGGAGGGGGUCGAGGGGUGAGCCGGAGAGCAGCCUGGGGUCAGUGCCUGCGGCCUGGGCUGGUCCCGGCCCGAUCGCGGCCAGAGUCUCGCUCCCCUCAGCAUCCUCCUGACGGUCCGGCGUCCGUAGCGGGGGUCGCAGGGAAGGCUCCUAGCGCAGGACCUGGCCUUGCGCGGACUGACAGACGCACGCCCCUGACCCCGGCGCUCAGAGGCACCCCAGCUCCCUCGAGAGCCUCCCCGACCGCACACCGACGGGCCCCCUUCACCCCUCCCAGACCGCCCCUCCGGGAGGGACAGGCCGAGGACAGGGCUUCCCCGUCCGCACACCGUUGGCUUCAGGGCUGUGGGGUGCAGAUGUGCUGAUCCGGAGAGGGACAGACAGGAAUUUCCAACCCUCCCUGAGAUGCUCCUCUUCCGUACGUGUGGCUGUCCCCGAAAGCCCGCACACGCCUGACUCUGGCCCACCGGCAGCGUGGGUCCCAUGCCGUCCCCCGACCAGAAUCCAAGGAUCCCCUGCCUAGCCAUGGACCCAGAGUGCUCCCAGCAACUCCCGGCUCUCUGUGCCGUUCUGACAGACCCCAGGCAGCCCGUGACAGAUGACACCUGUUUGGAGAAACUAUUGGACUGGUUUAAAUCAAUAACUGAAGCAGGGUCCAGCCUCCUGUUAUUACAAGAGAAUCCCUGCCUGGUAGAGCUGCUGUUCCACGUGCUGAAACCCCAGAACCUGAGUUCCAGAGUCCUCUCCUUCUUGCUCCGCCUCGCAGGGGUAUUUGCCUCCCAGGAGAACUGCUUCCAGUAUCUUCAGCAGGGGGAGUUGCUACCGCAACUCUUUGGGGAGGCAGGACCCCGUGGGGGAACAGCCUGGACUGCCCCGACUGUGCGCAGCGGCUGGAUGCAGGGCCUGCGGUCCCUGGCUCAGCACCCAAGCGCCCUGCCCUUCCUGGCCAACUGUGGUGCCGUUGACACCAUCUUCUCCCUGCAGGGAGAUUCCAGCCUGUUUGUGGCCUCAGCAGCUGGACAGCUCCUGGUGCACAUCCUGGGCUUGUCCAUGCAAGGCCCAAGCGAGAAACACCCUAGCCCACAGGCUUGUGACUGGCCAGCGAGUGCCCAGAAGAUUGUGGGUCACAUCGAAGAGUCCCUGUGCGCCACAGCCACCCCACAGGUCACACAGGCUCUGAACGCCCUGACCACCACAUUCGGGCACUGCCACAGCCCUUGGACGCAAGCCCUCUGGGUGCGGCUGAGUCCCCACGUGGCCUCUCUGCUCGAGAAAGACCCCAUCCCAGCUGCACACUCGCUCGUGGAUCUUCUCCUCAGCGUGGCCCGGUCCCCUGUGCUGAGUUCUGACUGUGGGCUGUGGGAGACUUUGGCACAAACUCUGAGCCGUCUGAACCCCGCCCAAGCAGGGCCCCUGGCCAUGGGGAUCCUGACUCUGCAGGACUGUCCACAGGCCCUGAGGGCCCAGGCCUUGGGCAUCCUCCUCCAGCCCCUGGCCUGUGUCCUGAAAGCUGCUGUUCAGGCCCCCAGGUCCCCAGGCUUGCUGGACGGGACCGAGGGUGACUCGGUGGCAGUGGACACGCUCCUCUCCUCCAGGUCGGCCUGUGCGGGGCUCCUGUGCCGGACACUGGCCCACCUGGAGUUGCUGCAGCCGCUGCUCCAGCGCCCUGCGCCCUGGCCUCAGGCACCCAUGCUUUGGGCCGUGGUAACAAUACUGCGGUUCUGCAAUGGCUCGGCAUCCCCUGCCUCUGACGUGGGGGGCCAUCUCUGUGCCAUCCUGGCAGGCUGUGUCCGAGUCCAGCAGGCGGCCCUGGAUUUCCUGGGGACACUGUCUCAGGAGCCAGGCCCCCAAGAGCUGGUGACGCUGGUGUUUGCCAUCCUCCUGGAAUACCUCACGAGCCCCGACUCCAGCCCCACGGUUCUGAAGAAGGCCUUCCAGGCUUCUCUCAAGUGGUUCCUGAGCUCACCCACAACUCCCGGCUGCUGCGACCUGGACCCCUGCACCCAGCUGUUCCUUGGAGACCUGUUCCCCGUGCUGCAGAAGCGCCUGUGCAGCCCCUGUUGGGAGGUGCGGGACUCCAGCCUCGAGUUCCUGACCCAGAUGGUCCAGCACUGGGGCGGGCAGGCUGGCUUCAGACUCGCCCUGCACACUUCAGAGGUGCCUGAGCUCGCCGUGCAGCUCCUGCGAGACCCUGAGAGUUAUGUCCGCGCAAGUGCCGUGACUACCGCGGGGCAGCUCUCUAGCUGGGGGCUGUAUGCUGCUCCCCCCAGCCCUGAGCACCCAGGAGGCCAGCAGGACAGCCUGCUCACAGAGCUUCUGCACAUCCUCACCACAGACUCGGAGGGCUUUCCCCGGAGGGCCGUCAUGCAGGUGUUCACUGAGUGGCUGAGGGACAGCCAUGUGGACGUGGCUAAGGACACUGAGCGGUUUGUGGCCAGGGUGCUCCAGGUAGCGAGCCGGGACCUGGACUGGGAGGUCCGGGCCCAGGCCCUUGAGUUGGCAUUGGUGUUCCUGGCCCAGACGCUGGGCCCGCCUAGCUCCUGCUGUCCCUAUGCUGUGGCCACUCCUGAGGCAGUGCCUCCUGGACUGCUGCCUGAGGCUCUGCAGCCACUCUGCCGAGUGCGGCUCUUUGAGUUUGUCUUUCGAGCCUUGUUUGACUGUGACAGACCCGUGGCCCAGAAGUCCUGUGACCUCCUCCUCUUCCUAAGGGCCAGGGCUACUCCCUGUAGCAGCCUGCAGGAGGCAGGGGGCAGCCCUGACAUGGCCUCCGUGCAGGCUGCCCUGCAGAGGUGGCAGGCAGGUGAGCAGGGCCAGCCCUUGGGGAACCUGGAGCCUCAGGCCGUGAUGGCUGUGCUGAGGUCUGUGGACCUGGAGGGACUUCGGGGCGCACUGGCCGAGAGCAGUGACCACGUGGAGAAGAGCCCUCAGUCACUCCUGCAGGACCUGCUGGCCAUGGUGGGCGUCCUGGGGAAGAAUGAGGCUGACUGCUACUGAGGCGCUCAGUGGGGUCCUCCCUGGGCCCCCAGCACUGCACCAUGUCCCUUCCUAGGGACCCUGUAGACUUGAGGGCUCUAGCCCAGCCUGGAUGCACAAGGCCCUCCAGGACGCUGGGACCAGGAAAGACCAGCUAAGUUAAUCCUGCAUUUUGAUGUAUUAAAGUGGCUUAUUUUCUACUCAAAAUAAAUGGUAUUUGAUAGUG